UUCUCGGGCUCCUGUUCCUUCAGGCCCAUGUCGGAGGGUCCUAGCUCCGCCCCUGGUUUCUUCAAGGAUGUUGGAAGCAGAAAGAGGGAAGUGGUGACACGCUGGUGGACACUAACCUACAGUAUCGUUGCAUUUCGGAUAUAUUCCCUCUGCUAAUGAAUUAUAAUCUAGGCAUUUCUUCCUGGAGCUCCAGUACUCUGACAGGAUGGCAUCAAAGGAGGGGGAGGAGCCUCCUCCGUACCAAGGCCGAACAGAUAGUCGUUUAAAGAGCAAGAAACCACCCAGCCUUGUAAUAGCCAUCCCUCCACCAGAAGCAGUGAUGUCCCAGCCACCACGACAAUCUCUGAAAAAAAACCCAAGUGCUCAAGCGACCAGUUCUGUGUCAGAGAGCGUCGAUGGACAUAGAGAUGGAGAAUUUUCAGCAAGAGAAAGACGGGAGAAGUUUAGUAGACAAACAUCGCUCUCACAAAGCAUCCGAAAGAGUACAGCCCAGUGGUUCGGUGUGGGCGAAGACUGUGAGACUAAUCAGCAGGUCUGGCACCGGAAGAGCCUGCGCCACUGCAGCCAGCGCUAUGGCAAGCUGAAGCCCCAGUACAGAGAGCCCGAGACGGCCACCAGCAUCGACCAGAGCCUGGAUUCACCAGCUGCCCACAGGAUGCCCAGGAUUGUGGACCCCCUGGCACGAGGGCGAGCCUUCCGCUGCCAGGAUGAGUUGGAAAGCCGCUCUCCAAGAACACCUCAAACAGCUCAAGGGGGUCCGGUCACACCAGGCGUCGCCUCACUUACCUCCUUCACCAGCCAGCGCUCCGGGUACAGUCGCUUCCCCAAACGAAAGCGAGAGUCCGUCGCGCGUAUGAGCAUCAGAGCUGCGUCCAACCUGUUGAGGGGUCGCAGCAGCUUGGCAGGCCCACAGGCUGGUCGCAGUUUCCCCAGGAGGAGCUUUGUCAGGCCCAGCUGGAUGGACGAGGACACUGUGGAUUCUGCAGAUGCAUCCGAGUCGCUCUUCUUCAGUAAGGGUGAUGUCCGUGAUGAGUUAUAUUCCAUGGCCGAUGAUGUCUUUGAAUCGCCCCCCAUGUCUGCCUCUUUUGCUCCCUGCGAGCAACCUUCCAGCCUUCCCAGUAAGGAUUUAUCACAGGCUCCUAAAACGCCAACCCUAUUCCACGAAAUGGCUCAACCUCGGCGCGGACGUCGCAUUGCCUCCCAAGUGAAGCACUUUGCGUUUGACAAGCAAAAACGUCAGUAUGGUUUGGGAGUUGUGGGGAAAUGGCUAAACCGACAGUAUCGACGAAGCAUUAGCAGCAACGUCCAGAAGCAGCUGGACGACUUCCACAGCCACAGACCCUACUUUACCUACUGGAUUACAUUUGUCCAUAUCGUUAUCACAUUGCUGGCCUGCUGCACGUAUGGGUUUGCCCCUGUUGGGUUUGCACAGCAUUCGACAACUGAGCUGGUGCUGAAGAACAAAGGCAUUUAUGAGAGUGUUAAGUAUGUCCAACAACAGAACUUCUGGAUUGGUCCAAGCUCUGAAGACCUCAUCCACCUGGGGGCAAAAUUCUCCCCCUGCAUCCGUCGGGAUGCACAAAUCGUCAGCCUGAUCAAGAAGGCCAGAGAGCUUGAGAAAGAUUCUGGCUGCUGCGUUCAGAAUGACAACUCUGGAUGUGUGCAGACCCUCAGCUCCGACUGCUCUGAGACGCUGGCCACCUUUAUUAAAUGGGACAAUGAACAAAUGGAAAACAUCAGUAGGUCGUCCGGUUCUGUCUGUCACCAGGACCCCAGAAUAUGUGAGGAGCCUGCCUCUGCAGAGCCUCAUUUAUGGAAGGAUGACAUCACCACGUGGCCGAUCUGUACAUAUCCAAAGAAGUGGAGUCACACAGGCUACAGACACAUGGACUGUAAUAUCAAAGGACGGCCCUGCUGCAUAGGAACUAAGGGCAGAUGUGAGAUCGCAACCAGAGAGUAUUGCACUUUCAUGCAUGGUUACUUCCACGAGGAAGCCACCCUCUGCUCACAGGUCCACUGUCUGGAUGAAGUGUGCGGCUUGCUGCCCUUCCUUAAUCCUGACGUUCCCGAUCAGGUCUACCGUCUCUGGCUCUCUCUCUUCCUACAUGCUGGGCUUUUACACUGCGUGGUGUCCGUAGUGUUCCAGAUGACCAUACUGAGGGACCUGGAGAAGCUGGCAGGUUGGCUUCGCAUCUCCAUCAUUUACAUGUUGAGUGGCAUCACUGGUAACCUCGCCUCUGCCCUCUUCCUGCCCUACAGAGCCGAGGUGGGUCCAGCGGGGUCUCAGUUUGGGCUCCUCGCUUGCCUCUUUGUUGAGCUGUUUCAGGGUUGGCAGAUGCUGGAGAAGCCCUGGAAUGCCUUUUCUAAACUGUCGUGCAUCGUGCUCUUCCUCUUCCUGUGCGGCCUUCUGCCGUGGAUCGACAACAUCGCUCACAUCUUCGGUUUCCUCAGCGGCCUGCUGCUCUCGUUUGCCUUCUUGCCCUACGUCACCUUCGGGACAUUCGACAAGUACCGGAAACGUAUCCUCAUCGCCGUCUCGUUAUUGGCAUACGUCGGACUGUUCGCUUCCCUCAUCGUUUGGUUUUAUAUUUACCCAAUUAACUUCCACUGGCUGGAGCAUCUGACCUGCUUACCGUUCACAAACAAGUUUUGUGAAAAAUACGACAUAGACCACAACAUCGAACAUGUGGUGAACUAGUCUGGAGGCCACAGAUGACAUCUAAAUUACCAAACUGCCUGUGCUGCCGGCCUACUAGCUGGUAGUCAACGAUGUGAUCAAUCAUCUGGGUGGCUACUUUUAAAUCUUUUUUUUUUUUUUCUUUUAAAAAAUUUUUUUUCUACUCAAACUCCAUGCAACCAGAACUGGAUCACUUCCUCCUCAAACAUCAGCUGACUUUCCUGCUUCCAUAAAACCUAUCCAGUCCUUUUUCAGUCCUCUGUGUCUGGUACGACCGGCAGUGUUAAUUUGCCAACUGAUGAACAUAAAAAAGGAAAAGGCACUCAGGACAUUAAAACUGCAAAGAGCUGAUGGAUCCAAAAGAUCUACAGAGUGAGCGACUCCUUCAGUUUAUAUGAAGAGUCGUGUUGAAGUAAAGAAGCCGAGUCAAAGGAGGAGGAGGUUUGGACGACUCUGGCUGACAGUCGUUUCCCUUUAACUCUGUGGACGACGAUACCACAGCGGGUCAUCGAGCAUCUUGUAGCCCAAUUCAGAUGCUUCCUUGUUUUUGCUAACACUGGAUUAACACUACAGACGCCGUCUGCUGCUGUAUGUUUUUUCUUUUUGUAUUUGCCCAUUGCGCGUAUGCACUUGGCAUGUCGAUAGUCUCCGGAGCAGUGAAAUGUUAUGCUUAAGUUAAUGAUGUGAUCCAAGUACUAACAGCAGUUAAGGCACGUUUCAGUCUACAGCACCUAGUUGCCUUAAACAGACUUUGACGUUUUACGGAGAUGCCUCGUUGUACCUUUGAAUACUGCUUGUAAUCAACUGUGUAAAUAAUGACAGACAUUUUUUUUGACCCUCAGCUACCAAAGCAAGUUGUCAUGCUGCUUUUAUGAGCUCGUGUAUGCAUGAUCUUUUUACAGCCACUUCUCCGUAUGCCAAUGCCACGAACAAAUUUUUACUUGAGCUCUACUUUUAAAUCACUAAAAUCACUAUUUGAUCGUUUCUGUCUGGUAACACAGUGGUGCCUAAACUGUUUUUUUUUUUUUUUUUCAUUUUAGUUUGUUUUUAAUUUACUCUGUGAAAAAAAUGGACACAAGAAAACAGUAUUUAUUUAGCAAUGAUCUCACAGGCUGCUUUUCUCAGAUCAAAUUAAGAUUUGUACUACAUUUCCGACUCUGUGAAACAGUCAGACUCACGGGAUCUCCUACAUGUUUCACCCAGGUACUGAAACGUUGGUGAAAUGCGUCGCCAUCUCCAUUUUCACUCGGUAAUGUUCUGAAAUGAUUUCAAACCUGGACAAACUUCUCUGCACACAUGCAGCUGAUGGCGGAUUUGGAAACGACACAUUUCAGAGGCCCGACAGCCUGAAGUGAAACUGAUUCACCAUCACGGGUGUCGUUGUUGUUCGGGGUUCUUGUUUGAGUUGACCCCGACUGUUAGAACCACAAUAUUGACCGUUGUGUGGAGGAUUAUGUGAGUUUAGUUAGUGAGUGAUUAUGAGAUUAUGUGAGUUAGUCUAUAGGACUGACGGAUAAUCCUGUGUUUAAGACAACACAAACAUCCAGAGUAGGUCGCUUGUUGGAUGCUUCAGAUGUUUUGAGUUUUAGCGUCACUGUUUUUUGCAUUGCUGGAGCCACAGGACUCAUACAGACGUGCCCUCGUGCAUUCGACCGGUAAAGUGUGAACAAAGACAUCCACCCUUCUUUUUUCUUCUUCUUCUUCUUUUUUUCUUUUUUAAGGAAACCUUUACUGUGCCUUUUGACGUGUGCGCAUGUGAAUGUUUAACAUGAAACACAACAAGCCACUUCCACCAUCAUGUCUGUAUGCAGCAGCUGCACGGCCAGCUGCAUGUGCAUCGGGACCAAAUAAUGUCCCCUUUUUUUCCCUAUUUAUUGGAACAAAAAGGGAAUGCUAAAAUGAAUUAGAGGAGAUGUUCACGGUACUGUUAUAUGUGAAAUUAUGUGUAUUGAAGCAACCAUGUGAAAAUAAAUUACAGUCUGUCAACAGUA